AUGAGUGGUUUGUUCCAUUCCUGUGUAGAGGAGUUGGACACCAAGGAAGCCCAGCUGGAUAAUACCCACGUCCCCUGGAUACGCCUGGACAGAGAGGUCUACUUCUAUGCUGGGCACAAAAUCAACAUCGUCGAGGCAAUGGACUCCCAUGGCGGAGUGAUAUGGCCAGCAGCGUUGGCUCUAUGUAACUACCUGGAGACCAAUACUGAUGUGAUAGAUCUGAAAGGAAAGCAGGUUUUGGAACUGGGAUCAGGGACAGGAUUAGUGUCUAUCGUCGCCAGUCUACUGGGUGCCCAGGUGACGGCCACCGACCUCCCYGACGUCCUUAGUAAUCUGAGAUACAACUUGCUCCGAAACACCAGAGGGCGCUCUAAAUAUACACCUGAGGUGACAGCUCUAACCUGGGGUCCUGAGGUGGAACGCACUUACCCUAGAUCCGUGUAUCGCUAUGACUACGUGCUGGCGGCUGACGUGGUGUAUCACCGCGACUUAGAGGAGCUGCUGUUCACCAUGAGAUACUUCUGUCGUCCGGGAACCACUCUGAUCUGGGCCAACAAGGUCCGCCUCAAGACAAACCUGGUGUUCACUGAGGACUUCCAGAACACCUUCAACACCACCCUGCUGGCUGACAUGGGAGAGGUUAAGAUCUUCAUGGCCACAUGCAGAGAGACAGAGGAACACCUUCAACACCACCCUGCUGGCUGAGAUGGGAGAGGUUAAGAUCUUCAAGGCCACGUGUAAAAGGUAGGGAUUAAGGAAAGAAGGAUGAGGAACUACUGUCGACAUUCUGCCGACUAUAACCAAGAGUUCCCGUCUUUUCUUCUUCCUCUGAGAAAUGCUUGAAGACAGAAGGCGGCCAUCUUGGCUAAUGGUAAUGGACGUUGAUGGACUACUGAUGAUGUCAGUUGUUGAUGUUUGAUGUUCUACUUACCUGCUAUAUGUAGUACUUUAUUGUUUACUUAGUUUUUACACAUGUACUUAGAUAGUUUAUAUUAAUAUUAAAAU